AUGCUCGCUUGGGGGGCUGCCCCACGGCGGACCCUGGCCUCCGCCGCCGGGACCCACGCCGGUGCUGCUGGAGGUCGGACGUGGCGGGCGCUGUCGUUCCUGGUGGCGCUGCCGGCGGUGGGGGUCUGCAUGCUCAACGCCUGGCUGGAGAAGCACCGGCACCACCACAGGCCCCCCGAGUUCGUGCCCUACCACCACCUCCGCAUCCGCACCAAGCCAUUCCCGUGGGGUGACGGGAACCACACGCUGUUCCACAACCCCCGCACCAACCCCCUGCCCACGGGCUACGAGAAAUAGGGGACCCCCCCCCCCCGGGCCCCCCACCAGCAAUAA